AUGCCACUCCAAAAUAGCAUGCGCAGGAAGUCGACAAGGAAGGAUGGGAGGAAGAGGACAUCAUCCAUGCUCUCUAAUGCCACGACGCAGGCUGGUCCCGUCGAUAAAUCUACAAGCUCAGAGAAGAACACCUCUUUGGGACGGAACAAUACAUCUAAACAAAUCGUGAAACCGCAGGCGGCCCCACCUUCGCCGCCACCCCCAGAGCCGCCGAAACAGGUCCCUGAUGUUUUCCAAUUCCUCGAACACAGCGCUGAAUCCUCAUCUGAAUCAUCGUCCGAACCUUCUGAGUCUGAAUCCGAGUCUGAAUCUGAGUCCGAAUCCGAUUCCGAGGGUGACAAUCCUGCGAAUCGAUCGGCUAUAACGAAUAUCCAGUCACCAAAACCGCGCGCCAGUCCCGUACCACAUGCUCUAUUGGAAUCAAAGGAUAGCGCCUCUUCGAGACCAACAAGAUCGACCGCUGGCGGGGCAUCGAAAGCUCCUAGUGACUUGCGCCCUCCGCCAGCACCGUCACCACCAUCUGGGGCUCGAACAGAGAUCGACUUAGUAACACGGAAACAACUGUCGCCGGCACGAAAGACAUCUCUUAAGGAGUAUAAUAAAUCCCGGCCAGAGUCUCCACCACAAAAGCGUCAGUUGCGGAUUUCCCCACCAGAGAAUCACUCAAGGGAUCUUACUGCAAUCCAACGGUCACCGCUGCCACCCUCUCCGCCGAGUAGCCCAGAGGAGAGCAUACAUCUUGCGCUGCAGAGAAGAGGCACGAGUACCUCACAGGUGUCAUCGGGUUAUGGGAUUGUGGCAUCACAUCUCACCCACUCAGCCAAAGAUGAUAAGGGGGCAUUCCCUCCACUGUACCGACGCUUCGAGAACUUGAACCACCGUGUUCUUCUUCACCUCCAAGAUGAAAUUUCACAAAUGGAGGAAGAUUUGCAACUAUUGGAUGAGUAUGAAGAAAUGCACCGUGCCGCUGUCGCCGAGAAAGAAGGCAAUAGGCCCGUACCUGCAUCACGUCGGAUAGAUGCCCAGUCUCAGUCGUAUUCGAACCUCCAUUACCGGCGAAUGGACCUGAUGGCGGCUCUGAUUCAAAAAACAGAGCAAUACAACAAUGCUCUUAGCUCCUACAGCAAAGUAGUCCAAACUCUUCCCCGUGCCACAGACGACGAUAUCCAGAACUACCGUUCCUGGAUGAAAACAAACAAUCCAAUCGCCGCGGCCGAAACCCGUUUCUUGGAUCAAGGUGUCGAUCUCGUCUCUCUUACACCUCGCUUGGCAGCCUCUGCGGCUACUGCUCCGGUCUACAUGGCCAUAAUGGUUGCAUCGGCUGCCCUUUUGCUGCCGCUGCUGGCAUUCAGCAUGAUCGCGGAGUUCUCCGGCCGACUUGUCGUUGUCACAGUAGUCGGUGGUGCCGCAGCAGCUGUCGCCGCGAAUUACUCCGCCGGAAUUGAUACGCUAGUCGACUCAAGAGAUGGCUGGAGAUGUGCCACACUAUAUUUUGGUUUUAUGACUGUUGCUGCCAUGUUCAUUCCCUAG